AGCAUGGCAGACCUCUCGUCGCUGCUCAACUCAGCGCAGGCCCUAACCUCGCACCUGUCGCGGCCGGACCUGCCGUCCGUGAAGCUUUCUCUGGACCAGAUUGAGGCACAAUCCCGCCGCCUUGUUGCACGUCAGCCUGGAACAUCCACGGAUAACGACAAGGCGAAUUACCUCCUCGCCCAAGCGCACGUUGAUGCUCCAGCGCUCGCCUCGUCCAUCGCGCAUCUCAACACCGCUGCUACCUUUACACCUCUUCAGGCGCUCCAGGAUACCGAUGUCGCGGGUUAUCUCCGGCACGCGCAUGAGCAAAAUAUUAUUUCUACCAUCGAAGAAGGUCGACGCGAGACGCAGGCCGAGUUCUACCGUCUUUUGCGUGAGCGGGGGCGCAAGACAUGGGAGGCGAAGAAACGGCGGGUGUUUGAGGAGCUUGGUGGUCGCGUGUCUGGUGACGCGAAAGCUGUCGGCGAACUGAAGAAAAGCUUUCGCGGCAAGGCGGUUUUGGCGGCGAGCACGGGUCCCAGCGUCAGUCUGCAGACGCAGAGCAAGAUGAUGGCGUAUGACCGCGUCAUCGGGGACCUCAACAAUGCUAGAUUACGAGGUACCUCAUACCCCAUCAUCCACUCACUCAUGCAAGCCGCCGCCUCGCUUCCAAUCGAUUCAAUCACACAACAAUGGCUUCAAAAUCUGCACGUCCUAUCCAAAAUUGCCGCCGAGCCGCCCUCUUUACCUCCGCUCGAGCACGCAGGCGCGCACAUCCUCAACACACCACUCUUUGAACGCAAGCAUGCGCGCGUCUAUUUGGGCUCGCAAGAAUCGCGCGAAGCCGUCGCGUUGCGCCGACAGAUUGCCAGGGGCGGGCGGGAGGCGCUGGAAGAACAAUACUGGGACAUCGUGGAGCGGACGCUGCAACAGAGGCCGCUGGAGGCGAUGGUAGGCGGUGAUCCGAGCGUGGCGAACAGGAUAAGAGCCUUCGUGGGGAUGCGACAUUUCCGGAGCGGGGAGUGGGAGGAGCGAAUUGAGAUAGUCAAAGGUUCUCCGAUGUGGGCGCAGUUGUUCUACCUCAUUCGAACAGGGCAUGCGGAGGAAGCGCUGGCAGAGGCUGUGAAACAUCAGACCGCCAUCGAACACCGCGAAUCUGGCUUCGUCACUCACUUCCGAGCAUGGCUCGAAUCUCCGGAUCGCAAACUUCCGAAACCCCAGCGUGAUCACCUGCAAUCGGUGUACAACGCACAUAUGCUUCAUUCCUCAACCGCGGAUCCUUUUAAGCUCGCGUUGUACAAGCUUAUGGGCAAACUGGAGCCCACCCGACGAACCGUAGCGCUUGUGACGAUGACCACCGAGGAUUGGUUAUGGUUCCAACUCUCAAUGGCAGACGAAGAUGAGCAGGGCGGCCUCCGUGGCUUGGCUCAAGUGCUAUUAGGCUACGGCGAACAGCACUUUGACGGUCCUGCCGGUCAAAAGUCCAGGCGUGGCGUUUGGGCCGGUGUGUUACUCAUGUGCGGGCAAUUCGAACGGGCAGUAGCCGCGUUGUGGGAGCACCAGGAGACGGAAGUGGAAGCCGUUCACCUAGCCAUAGCGCUCGCGUACCACGGUCUCUUGCGGGUGCCUAGCAGAGCAGAAACAUCCGAGAUGACACCCUUGUCCCUUCCGGCGAACGGGCCACCCGCGCUUAGCCUCACGACCCUCGUCUGGCGCUACAUCCGCCAGUUCGUCAAAAUGGACGCCAAAGAGGCGUUGCAAUACGUCUACUGUGUGUGUCUCUCUGCGGACCAGGGCGACGGCGUCGGCCGGCAGCAAGUCGAAAAUGCUUGGGAGCUCGUCCGACGCAUUAUCGUCCUCGCCAACACUGGGGCCGCCUGGGAGGAACUCGUGGGCGGCUUCAGGCCCGACGGCACGCGCUUCGCUGGCGUCAUCGAACAGGGCGCUUCGUUGCUCAAGCUGAGCGACAGCCGCGAGUUCAAUGAGCAGAUCUUGAUCCGCGCCGCGAAGCAUUCAGAACAAAACGAUCGCCUGCCCGAGGCGAUCAAACUGUACAACCUCGCGGGUGACUACGCAACAGUGAUCGCGUGUCUCGCGCAGGCGCUCGGGAACACGAUCGCGAACCCCAGUGGCGGGGAGGGUGAUAAGGCGCGGACGAUCGAACGCACGGCGGCUGAGAUACUGCGGCACUACGAGCGCACGAAUCGCGCGGUAGGCAAGGACCGGGAAGCGGUCGUACGACUAUUGAGGAUCAGGGAGGCGAUGGACGCCAAGGACGCUGGCCGCGUCGAUGUGGCGUUGGAUGUCAUCGAAUCUACGGAUCUGAUCCCGCUCGAUGGUGAUGUCGCGAAAAUCACAAGACGGGCAGAAGAAUUUAAGGACCUUCACGAGGCCCUGCAACGGAACCUGCAAACAUACCUCACGCUUACCAUGGAUUGUCUGGCAGGCGUGCAUCACCGAGUCAAAGAAUCGGGUCUAGCGGAUGCCAAUCGUCAAAUGACCCUUGCUGCUCUCCGCAAGAAAUCACGGUCGUUGAUGGUCUUUGCAGGCAUCUUGAAAUACCGGAUGUCCCCCGAUGUAUAUUCAUAUCUUGCUCGGUUGGAUGUUGAGAUAGCUUUGUAAUCGAAUGCUUCAUGUAACCAAAUCACGUAGUGGUUCUGAGAUUCUGAACGGG